UGUUGUUUUCCUGUUGCUUGAGUGAACGACGACGACGACACACACACGCGAGUACCGAGUAGUGUGGCGCGACAAGUGGCACCUUUCUCGGAAGAGCACGUGGGGGAACUCGUUUAUCGCUGCUAUCGUUUGGUUCGGUGUGGUGAAAAAGGGGGUGAGUCGACGUCUGUCUAGCCUAGCAAGUGAUUGCAAUCGAACAGCUGCCCAAAAAGCGUCCUCCCAGCGCCUGCCACCUACCACCCAACCGGGCGCGCGUGAGAAUCGAACAAUCGAGUGCGGAAAAAAUCCCAUUGUACCCCUAUCUUGUUUGUUGGGAGGAAAAACAACUUUACUUACUUUACUCUUCUCCACAAGGCAAGUGUGCAGCAGCUGGUGAUUGAUACAACAGCAACAACAACAAAAAAAUCAAAGUAUUUUCCACGAGUCAUUAGCAUUGAAGAGAGAAGGGAAGAACAAAAGGCGUGUUUGUGUAGUUCUUUUUUUUUGUUUAAUUCAGACGAAGCAGAAAAAAACGAAGGCAAGUGUUUUCAGUUCGCGGAAAAUAUCAGCAACUUGUUAAGUGGCAGAAAUAUAAGCACGUUCCGUGGUUCGUACUGGAACGCUGAAAAAAACUGAAUUCAGUGGGGAGUCCCGGUUUUCCAGAAAACCGAAACAGCAAGCAAGCAAACGUGAAACGCGCAAAACUCAAAGAUCGAUUGACGGUGAUAUUGAUUCCGCUGUGUCCGAACACUCUUCCACUGAUAAGCGAACCGAUUUGUGCGGUGUUUUGUUUUGUGUUGUGUUCAGCUGAAGUGAGUUUGCAAUUGGAACGCCCCUCGGCUAAACCAAACCGACAACAAAUAGACGUCAUCGCCGUUUCGUUGUUCUUGUUGUUCGUUUCUGGCCGUUCGUUGAUAAGAAAAAGCAAAGCAAGCCGCGCGCGAAGUCACUCUUCUGUGUUGGUUGGUUUAGCAGCGUCGUCACACUCCGUCAGCAGAGGUGAGCAGGACGCGGACUUGAAACGCAGCUAAUAACAAGCGAGUGGACAGACGGAGACGGAGACAAAGACACCGCGGGCGCGGUGAGAGAGGAGGAACUGGAACUGGAAUUUUUCGGUUUGCCAUCCUCUCAUGACAUAAGUGAACAUCCUUUACUGGACGGUUUAUCAGCUCCAUGUAAUUGAUCGAUCGCCCAUCUCUCAGUUGUGUUGUACCCACCCGAACGAACCGUUUAUUCCGACUAGGACGCGACGAACCGUCAUGCUACCGCAACAGUAUUGCCUCCGGUGGAAGUACCACCACAGCAACCUGCAGACCAUGUUCUCCCAGCUGCUCGAUCGCGGGUGCUUCUGCGACGUAACGCUGGCCUGCGAGGGCCAAACGAUCCGCGCGCACCGGGUGGUGCUGUGCGCCUGCAGUACCUACUUCGACCAGCUGCUGACCAACUGCAGCACGACGGAGAAGGAUCCGAUCAUCAUCAUGCGCGAUGCCAAAUUCGAGGACAUCAAGUGCCUGAUCGAGUUCAUGUACAAAGGCGAAAUCAACGUCGAGCACGGGUCGUUGGCGUCGCUGCUCAAGACGGCCGAAGAGCUGCGCAUCAAGGGUCUGGCCGAGGUUAGCUGGCGGGAUGACGAAAAUGGCAGCACGGCCGGCAGCGAUGCCAGCGGGCACAACAAUAACAACAACAGUAUGAGCGUGAAAAACGGUAACGCUGCUGCCGGUAACAAUAAUAACAACAAUAACAGUAUUAAAAUUGUGGAAACUAAAAAGCUGCUGGCGCCACAGCAUUCGCUAGCGGCGGCUGCAGCCGCAGCGGCAUCCUCGCUGACUCCGCUGACGGUCAGUAGUUUGGAGAGCCGCAUUUCGGACUCGCCGAAUUUGCCACUGCUGACGCCGCUGGCGGCGGGCUCGCCGCGCAAUCCCGCCAACUGCGCCUCGCCCAUCAACUACUUCGGCAGCAAGAAGAAACGUGGUCGACCUCCGCUGGACGAAGAAUACGAUACGUUCCAACAGCUACCGAAAAUCUCGCACGUUGAGGGUGGCGCCGGUAGUUCUACGCCGUUCACGUCCAGCUCGCAGCUGGUGGCGGUCAUGAUGGACGACAGUUCCAACGAGCAAACCAAUCGAGACGAACAGCAGCAGCAAAAUCACCACCACCAGCAGCACCAGCAACAGCAGCAGCACCAGCACCAGCACCAGCAGCAGCAACACUCGGCGGCUGCGGCUGCCUAUCUGGAGCAGCAGAGUCGAACGAUUCCACCGGAAGCGCUGCACGGUAUGGAGUUCGACGAGGAUACCCACAUUCCGCGGAAGUUGAUUCCGAAGCUGGAACGACCCGAUACGCCGCAGGACUAUAUGGCUAACAUUGGGGCGAAGUUCGAGUACGACGACCAAUCGCCACCGAGUCCGAACGAUCAGACCACUUCGGUGUUUCUGACCGCCCAGGAACAGGAGGAGUGGAAAGAUGUCGUCAAAAUGAACGACUAUCUGACCAAGGGCCGCCGGCCGCAGUUCUGGGAGGAACCGUUCACCAAGCGGGUGAUGGACGGUAUCAAGAACAAGACGCUGGAAAUGAAGAAGGCCGCCAAGCUGCUGGGUGUUUCCUACGGGACGCUCUACGGACGGUACCGGGAGACGUACGGGUGCCUGAAGCAUCCCUAUCGGGGGCCCUUCAUGGCAGCCUCGCGGAUGAACAGCAUGUGGCCGGCGGCGGCGGCGGCAAGCGAGAGUGCCGCUGCCAACGUGGGGACCACCACCGACAUCAUGAACAUGCUGCAGCGAGGCAUCAUCAGUCUGCCGAGGGCGGCCGAACUGAUGCACACCACCCCCUCGACCAUCAGCAGCUACCUGGAGCAACUCCAGGAAGUGACGGCACAAUCCGAUCAUGAUUCCCUGGCCGUUCUAAGUGCCAAUACCAGUUCCGAUGACGACCGAGCCCACCACCAGAUGCCAACCAUGUCGCUAAUGUCCUCCCACGUGGAGCAACAGCAGCAGCAGCAGCAGCAGCUGCGGAUCAAACCGGAGAUCAGCAUAUCGGCACUGAAGAAAAACCUGCCUGCGGCUGCGACCAGCACCGGCACCGGUGGCGGCGGCGGCGGCGGCAGUAGCAGCAGCAGCAGCAGUAGUAGUGUCAUUAGCAACAGCAACGGCGGCAACAGUGGCAGUCUAGCGAACGCACUGAGCGCUAUUCCGUCCACUUCUGCUGCCGCGCAGUAAUUUGCCGUGCAUGCCAUAAAAUGUCCAACCUUUUUAUAGCAUACUAAUAGGUGGUACGGUGUUGUGGUGGAAAGGGUGGCGGGCAGAGAAUCUGCCCGGCCUGUCCGCCUGUGGCGGUGGAAAAAAAGGCGGCACGGAAAUGUUAAAUGUGAUUUAUUUGUGAAAUAUUUUAUGUUUAGUUCGUAGACUUCUCCCGGCAUGGUUUCAAGGCCUGCUACCAUCAUCGAAGCAUGCCACUCUUGCAACCAUGCUGGUUCCGUUCGUUGCCAACGAAACCGAACAGUUUCCUAGCGAUGAUCACAAAACAAUUAUUGUGACAGCGGGACGGAUUUUAUAGCAGAAUUUAAAACCUAAAUUUUAGUUCCAUCCAUCCAUGGAUUAAUAAUUGUGUAUACCAACAAACUUUAAAGCGUUAGGUUUUAACAGUUCCACUAGCGUUUUAGGCUUUCGUUUUAAUUAGUGAGAAUCUUGCGUACUUCAUCCAUCUGCCUAGGAUUAGGGAAAAAGGUGCUUAUUUUAUAUUUUCACUUUAAUUUUUUUUGUUUCUAAGGAGAAAGGUCUGUUGUUAUAUAGAACCAAUGCCAUCUCGUAGAGGUUAGGCUAGUUUAAAUCGGUUAAAUAAAACAAAAAAUUACAUAUACUUAUAUAUACAAACCCACACAAACAGAACAGAGAUAGUCUGCCAUUGAUAUUCCACCAGCAGAAGCUAUUUUGAGUAGCCAAAUUACACCUAAUUUCAUUGGUUUUAGUUUCCUAUACUUCUGCGCGUUAAAAUCGACUGAUCUGUGAGAUAGUUAGGUGUCCGAAUCAAACGAAUAGAAAAAUCACAUUCCAGGUCUACUUUGAUCAUUUUCAUCUCAGUGCAGUGCAGGAUUGGAUCAACAAUCGAUAGUUGAAUAAAGUAAACACAAAACGGUAUUCUUAAUUUUAGGAGAGCAAUAAAACACACUAACAAACACACCUACAACACAAACACAAAUCAGUAGCGUACACACCCCUAGUAGCAACUAGCAAGUAUAAUUUCAGAAAAACCUACAAACAAAAAAAAAAUAUGAGCCGAAAGAUUCUUCAAAACAAACGGGGAAACGGAACAAAACAAGUUUCCUUUGUUUAGUUUUUUUUCCCUUUUCUUUUUUUUUUCUACUUUUGCUAAACAACGCAGAGAGCAAACGGAAUGUGCAAUCACUCUUACAACUACUACUAGCUAAAAUAAUAACUCUACACAUACAUACUAUCUAUAUUUGAUGAUGGAAUGGAUCAUAGCAUAGAGCAGGUCCGGAGGAAGCUAGGAGCAGCACAUAUUUAAUCACCCACCCCCGCUCCCCCUACGAUGAUAGUAAAGAAACGUGAGUAAGAUAACAAACAAACAAACUAAAUAAGAAUAAAAGAGAAGCGAUGUGUAAAGACAAACAACAUAUUUAAAAAAAAAGGUAAACGUAAAAGAAGAGAAAAGAGAAGUGAAAAUGUGCCUGAAUGGUUUCCCAAAACUACAAAAUAUUAACUACUACAAGAACUAGAACAACACUAAGGAAAAAAACAAAAGAAGAAGGAUCGAUAAAUAGGGAAAGACAGAAGACAGAAGCAGCAAACAAACAAACAAAAAAACAGGAACAAGGAAGAAAGUUUCCUAUUCUUGUUAUUGUUGUUGUUGUUGUUUGGGGUUCAGUUCUGUCGGCGUCUGUCCGUCUGUCUGUCUGUCCGUUGCGCUUUUCUUUUUUUGUCGUCGUAACUAUGUCGGAAGUAUGUAAUCGUGUCCAAGUAAAAAAAAACAAAAUGAUGAUGAUGAUGAUGAUGUGUAUUUAUCAGUAUAUAGACUAUCGAUCGAUUCAAACAAACAAAAACAAAACACACAGGAUUUGCGUACUACUACUAUU